AUGUCCAAAACUCCGAAAACUACUACCAAUGACUCGAACACACAACCAACAGUCUCGAUGGAACCACCGCCCUAUAGCCCUCUCGUAGAUGUCAGGUCGUUUACAUUCACAGAAGAAGAAGCUGAUAAUACAAUCUCUGUAUUAACCAAACAAGCACAUGGUACAAAAUAUUCCAUUGUUCCUCCUGCUGUAGAUAAACCGUAUUAUUCGAUAGUCCAUCGGGAAUCAGGAAAAUUUUGCUGGGAGCUCAAGAAACGCGCUGACUCUCCCAAAGAGCGGCCAACUCCAGCAUGGGACAUAACAAAUCGACAGUCAGCACCAUCGCCGAUGACAUAUGAAGAGAAUCUCUGCGGAUACGUCACAUCAUACAACGGAAAAGUCUUUCUGUGGAAGAUGACAAAAGGUGGUGGACUCUAUUGCGUAGAAGGAUUAAACAGUGCUGGGACAAGAGUGGCAGAGUAUGAUACGGUGUUCGACAGCAUAAAUAUCGAUAUUUCUCGUCGAGAAUCGGCAGACGGUCCUUAUGCUGAUGAGACUUAG